AGAACACAACGACCCUUUAUUGUUUUCCUGGAGGCCGGCCUCUCUCUGGACGCCACAAUAAUCUUACAAUAUCGUGCUGAUAUUUGUACAGAUUCGUGUGUGCGGUUAUCGCUGCAGGAUGGACAGCCCACAGAAGAGAACCGCGUCUUCGUCUACAGCUUCGUCAGAGCCUCCCCAGAAGUCAGCACGACCUAGCAGCCCAGCUGACAGAUCGUCGUGGUGCACGCAGUGCUGGAAGCACCCGGACGACAAGUGUUCCGGGGACGAGCACCGCGUCCUCCCCUUGGAGGACGCCAAGCUCGAGGCCAGGAAGGCCCUGGACGACACACACCGGGCGUGGGAGGCCCAGCAAGAGCGGCUAGCUGCGGUCGAGGAGGCCGGCGAGCCCACCGUCCUGGAGCUCAGCAUUCCGGAAGGGACGGGAGACGAGGGACAGUAUCUGGAAGAAGGGUCGAUGAUGAUCAGGAUGGCCGUCACUUUCGCACUCAAUGAAGAAGAGAAGGAGAAUGUCAUCGAAGCCAUGAAGGAGCAGAAGAUGUUAUUUGAAAUGGAAUUGGAUACGAACGAGAAAGAAGUAGCUGCACGGGGAUCUGUAAACGCGUCACGUAUGGCCUCGGUCAUUCAGAAGCUUCCGUUGUGUGUGGAUGGGCAGAAGCUGCCUGCGUGCACAGUCCUGUGCUAUCCUGAUGAGCAGAGCCUUGAGGUGUAUGACAAGCCCUGUUCCAUAGGCAAGGCACAGGUGCGUCGCAAGGUUCGUGUGUUUGGGCGAGUGACGAACGAUUUCAGUCUCCGUGCUUUCAGAUAUGAGUGCUGCGAUUAUUUUAUGAAGGGUGACGCCCCCUCUGAAGAUCCAGUCGAGAUUGAGAUCGAAGACGUUCAGUUUGUCGAUUAGGCCGUAUAUGGAGGCCUACUUUCUCCGCCCAAGAGAUUUAAGUAGCUCUCCGUGAACGAUGCUUUCAUCAUUAUCCAGGAAUUCAAAUUAUUCUUAUUGUAAAUUUAUUUUUAAGUUUGCCAAAGGGGCAGUGAAAAUAAAAAGUUUUCUUUUACCUCAUAA